AAGAACAGAGUUUGCCAUUUGUUUUUCUAAUAUUAAAGGCAUUUUCCACAUCCUUAGCUUACUAAUCACUUCCUAUCCUUAUCUCUCCUUCUAAAUUAACCCGUUAAUGACAAUCUAAACUUGUUCCCUCACUUUCUCUGUGUCUCGAAUUUCCGUGGCUGUUAGUUUCUGGGUUUUGUUCCAAAACCUCGAAACAUUGUGUUAAUUUUGUCAAAUAGAAAGAAAUACAAGCAGUAGAAAAUGAGAGUAGAGCGAGUAAUCAGUGACGAAAAUGAUUCGUUUCCAGUUGGUAUGCGUGUUUUGGCAGUAGACGAUGAUCCAACUUGCCUUUUACUGCUCGAAACCUUGCUUACUAAGUGCAAGUAUAAUGUUACCACCACAAGUCAGGCUAUCACAGCAUUGAAGAUGUUGAGAGAAAACAAGAACAAGUUUGAUUUGGUUAUCAGCGAUGUCCAUAUGCCCGACAUGGAUGGUUUUAAGUUGCUUGAGCUUGUGGGACUUGAGAUGGACCUGCCUGUCAUAAUGUUGUCUGCAAAUGGUGAUACCAAGCUUGUGAUGGAAGGGAUUACUCAUGGGGCUUGUGAUUAUUUGUUGAAACCUGUUCGAAUUGAGGAGCUACAAAAUAUAUGGCAACAUGUAAUCAGGAGAAAGAAAUUUGAUAGGAAAGACCGGGAUGGUUCUGGCAGCCAAGACAAGCCUUAUAUUGACAGCAGUGAGGCUGCAGGGUUAGGAAAUGUUGAUCACAAUGGGAAGUUCAACAAGAAGAGGAAGGACCAGAAUGAAGAUGAAGAUGAGGAGCGUGAUGAGAAUGGACAUGAUAAUGAGGAUUUGUCAACCCAAAAGAAACCUCGUGUUGUUUGGUCAGUGGAGUUGCAUCGCAAAUUUGUUGCAGCAGUUAAUCAACUGGGCAUUGAGAAGGCUGUACCUAAAAAGAUCCUAGAAUUGAUGAAUGUUGAAAAUCUUACCAGAGAAAAUGUUGCCAGUCAUCUCCAGAAAUUUAGGCUUUACCUGAAAAGAAUCAGCUGUGUGGCAAACCAGCAAGCCAAUAUGGCGGCAGCCUUAGGCAGUGUAGAUUCUACCCAUUUGCGGAUGGGGACUAUGAAUGGACUUGGGAAUUUCCAUACAUUGGCUGGACCUGAUCAGAUUCACAAUGCAGCCUUUAGAUCUUUCCAACAUAGUGGUGUGCUCAGAAGAUUGAACACACCUGCUGGGGUAGGUAUCAGUGGACUUCCUUCUUCAGGAUUGGUUCAAUUAAGUCCGGUUCAAAACUUGGGAAAUACCAGUACCUAUCAGAGAAAGUUGCAAUCUUUUGUAAUUCCUGGUAACCAUAAUGCUAACAUUCUACAAGGGAUGCCAAUGUCAUUAGAAUUUUAUCAACUGCAAAAUAACAGGGCAGCUAGCCAUGUUGGACAGUUUCCAUCUGUCGAUAAUACAACUGUUUUGCCCGUUUCCUCCAUUUCUGGCAGUUUAAUAGAUGCAGGCUGCUCCAAUAGUCCUCUUCUUGGUGUUACUAGCAACUCCUUGUUGUUAGAGGGAAGCUCUCAGCUGCCUACUUUGCAUGCUAGUAAUUUGCGAGACAGUGUUUCUGGCUUCCCCAACAGGAGCACCUUGUCCGACUUUACUUCCAUAGCUCCUGCUUCCAAUCAAUUACAUGGUUCAAAAGCAGAUAUACAAGACCAAGCAUUCCCAAUCAGCUGUAAUGCGGGGAAAAUAAUCAGUAGUGCUCCUCAAGACUGGAAUGCCCCAAAGAAAGAUGCCCCUUACCAAUCAAAUGUUCCAAGUUGUUCAAUAAACUCUUUACGGGCUGUUAAUGGUGAUAUGGCUCAGUUGGGCCAAUGCUUGGAUCAAAAUAACCCAAUUUUCAACAGAAACGUGGGUUUUGAUUUUGUUGAUCCCUUAUCCAUCAAGUGUAGUGAAGGUGAAAACUUAGCUAUGGAACCAUCAGUUAUUGAAAAGGAAGGGUAUCUUAUGGUCCAACCUAGCCGACAGGGAAUUUACAUUCCUGAUAAUGAAGGUGAAAACUUUGCUAUGGAACCAUCGGUCAUUGAAAAGGAAGGGUAUCUUAUAGUCCAACCUAGGCGACAGGGAAGUUAUAUUCCUGGUAAUCUUGGCUCAUUGGAAGAUCUGGCUAGUGCAAUGACGAAACAGGACCAUGAUAAAGGGAAACCAACAGAUGGUGAUUUUGGAUACAAUGAUUAUUCUCUCAGAACGUGCAUUUGAGAUUAGAAUGUAGACGCACUAACAGCGAAAGAAGUAUCUGCAUUGCAUUGCCUUUCUCUUGAUAGUUUUGCUUCAUGUAACUGAUGACUAAUCUAUCUGUUAUCUUAUUUCCUCCUUUUAUCAGCCUUGUCGUUGUUCUUUUCUUCAUUAUUCCUUGCAACUUUUUGCAGUUUUUUUUUGUGUAAUGAUAUAGCCCAGUUUUUCUAGCUCAGACAAGUUCCAACUUCUGCGGCAAAGGCCUGUCCAAUGUUGUUCAAUGAAUAAAUAUUAAUUGCUUAUUUCCCCAAA